GCGCGGGGGAGCGCGGGGACAUGGCAAAGCUGGACCAUGAGGAGGGGGCAGCGGUGGCACCUGGGCACCCGCCCGCGAAUGGAUACCUCCUCGUCCCGGGGGGCGAGCCCCCCGGAAAGCUGAGCGCCGAGCCGCAGAACGGGCCCAAAGCCGGCUGCCUGACCCUGAAUGGAGUGUCUCGGGACCGCCUUGUGGCCGCCGCUGAAUCCCUCGGCAGGCCGCAGACUCCGCUGGCUCCAGAGGAGGAGACCCAGACCCGGCUGCUGCCUACGGGCCCCGGGGAGGAGACCCCCGGGGCCGAGGGCUCCCGGGUGCCCCAGACUGCGCUCUCUGCGCGGCGCUUUGUGGUGCUCCUGAUCUUCAGCCUGUACUCGCUGGUGAACGCCUUUCAAUGGAUCCAAUACAGCAUCAUCAGCAAUGUCUUCGAGGGCUUCUAUGGCGUCUCCUCCCUGCACAUCGACUGGCUGUCCAUGGUGUACAUGCUGGCCUACGUGCCCCUCAUCUUCCCCGCCACGUGGCUGCUGGACACCAGAGGCCUGCGGCUCACGGCCCUGCUGGGCUCCGGCCUCAACUGCCUGGGCGCCUGGAUCAAGUGCGCCAGUGUCGAGCGGCAUCUCUUCUGGGUCACCAUGCUGGGCCAGUGCCUGUGCUCCGUGGCCCAGGUGUUCAUCCUCGGCUUGCCCUCCCGCAUCGCCUCGGUGUGGUUUGGGCCCAAGGAGGUAUCCACAGCUUGUGCCACUGCCGUGCUAGGCAAUCAGCUUGGAACUGCAGUUGGCUUUUUGCUACCACCAGUUUUAGUGCCCAACACACAGAAUAACACAGAUCUUCUGGCUUGUAAUAUCAGUACCAUGUUUUAUGGAACAUCAUCCGUCGCCACAUUUUUAUGUCUUUUAACAGUAAUUGCAUUCAAAGAAAAACCUCAGUAUCCACCAAGUCAGGCUCAAGCAGUUCUUCAAAAAAGUUCUCCUGCUGAAUACUCCUAUAAGAAAUCAAUAAGGAACCUAUUUAGAAACAUUCCUUUUGUCCUUCUCUUGAUCACUUACGGUAUCAUAACUGGAGCAUUUUACUCAGUGUCAACAUUAUUAAAUCAAACGAUACUGACAUAUUUUAAGGGAGAAGAAAUCAACGCUGGAAGGAUUGGGCUAACAUUGGUAGUAGCUGGAAUGGUAGGCUCUGUUCUUUGUGGCUUGUGGCUAGAUCAUACCAAAACAUACAAACAGACUACUCUGAUAGUUUACAUUUUGUCUUUUUUGGGAAUGGUUGUAUUUACUGUCACGUUGGAACUUGGACACAUUGCCGUCGUGUUUGUUACUGGAGGGGUACUCGGUUUCUUCAUGACCGGUUACCUCCCACUGGGUUUUGAAUUUGCUGUUGAAAUCACUUACCCAGAAUCUGAAGGUACUUCCUCUGGUCUUCUUAAUGCUGCGGCACAGAUAUUUGGAAUUUUGUUCACAUUGGCUCAAGGAAAACUCACGUCAGACUAUGGUCCUAGGAUAGGGAAUAUUUUCCUCUGUAUUUGGAUGUUUCUAGGCAUCUUUUUAACAGCAUUAAUCAAGUCUGAUCUCAAAAGAUACAAUAUAAACAUAGGAAUUGUGAACGGUGAUAUUAAAGCUGUACCAGUUGAAGAUAGUCCCACAGAUCAAGAAUCCAAAACUAUGAUGAUGUCCAAGCAGUCAGAAUCGGCAAUUUGAGUAGGAGAACCAAUAUGGCACUUCUAAGCCCUCAAAGGACAGCACUGGGAUGAGACUUCCACGGAACCUCUAAGAUUUUUCUGGUUUCUUCUAUUCUUGUUAAACAGUGCUUUGUAACAUGUACUGUCGAUGACCAUUAAAACUAUUCUGUGUACACGUUGAACCCAUGACUUUUGUCUUAGACUCAUGUUCUAAUUAAGCUAAGGAGCCCAGACACAGGCUCAUUACCUUGAGUUCUCUGCACUGCCUUCCUAUCAUGGCCUAAAUGCUAAUACUGUUUUUUUUUUCACUCCAACUUGAAAUAGAAUGAUUUUGUACCCACUGCCUUGUUUACUCUUUUUUCAAUGCAAGCAUGCCUUGGAGAUAUUGUGAAGUCAGCUCCAGACCAUUCAGAAUAAAGCAAAUAUCACCAUAAAGUGAUUCGAAUGAAUUCUUUGGUUUCCCAGUCCAUAUAAAAGUCAUGUUUAUGUUAUUCUGUAGUCUAUUAAGUGUACAGUAGACUGAAAGAACAAUGUACAUACCUUAAAGGAAAAAAGACCUCUUGCUAAAAAGUGCUAACCAUCAUCUGAGCUCUCAGCAAGUCAUAACUGCUGAUCACAGAUUACCUACUAAAUAGAAUAAUAAUCACAAAGUUUGAAAUACUGCAAGAAUUACCAAAAUGUGACACAGAGACACGAGCGAGCAAAUACUUUUGGAAAAAUGUCACCAAUGGACUUGCUUGAUGCAGGGUUGCCACAAAACCUCCAAUUUGCUUAAAAAAAAAAAAAGAACACAGUAUCUGUGAAUGGCAGUAAAUGAAAUCACAAUAAAACAAGAUAUGCUUGUGUAUAACUUUCUAGCAAGAAAAUGCCAUCCUACAUGUUAUCGGCUUUUUCGUGAUUUCUUGCAUCAUGCCUAAUACUUUGGCUUGAAGGUUGUGGAGAUAAAUCUGUGGUACCGUAGCCCAGGGGUCUCAUUUAGUGGAGACCUCUAGAAAUGCUGUCUUCAUUCUGCACUAUCAUGCGUAUGAUCGUUCUCCUUCGAGGAAUACUGUGCCCGGGUACGUGCUCCCUCGGCGUGUUGGGGGGAGUGUAUUCUUUUCUUCACCAAAGUGUACAUAGUCUCCACGCUGUUGGAAAAAAGUCUGCUUUGUUACAUGCUCAGGGUAAGGAAAAUAGGACCAAAUGUGUUUCUACAGUGCCUACCACUGCAUUUUGUUUACAGUGAGAAUUUAAAUGUUGUUUCUGUCCUGACUGUUGUAAGUUGAUAGGGAAAUAUCUUUACAAUAAUGACAUCUAAGCAGCCAUGAUAUUUACAUUAUGUCCAUAUCUACCAAAAAAAAAAAGCCAGUCAGGUUUACCCUUGAAUAUUCUUGAAGUGAAUUAGCAAUUCUGAUUUGGGCAUAUUAUGUGCAUUGCUUUAUAUUGAAAUGAUAACAUUCUCUGUAAUCAAACAACAGUAAAUUAUAUAGACUCUUACCCUGGAGAAUGUGUCACCAGAAGAACGUAGCUGGGAAUCAGGAGCUCUGGGUCUGUGACCUGGAUCCCUUUUUAGCUGUCCCUGUCACUCCCUGGCCAGCAUUUUCCUCAUCCAUAUAAUGAAUGUGUUCGCUUUGAUCUCAGAGAUCUUUUUUGAAUCUUAAAUGCUGUCUAUCCUGGGCUAGACCAAAUCACUGAACCACAGGAACUUAAUUCUAGCUAGAGAAGACUCCCCUGGAGAAUUGGAUCAACAGCUGUGAUGGAUACUUGGUGGAUAUGGGGAAUUUAACGUCUGUUUUUGCUUUUUCAUUCAGUUGGUGAUAGUGCAGGCAGAAUAUGCUGAAUCAUUAACUUCCUUAGAUACUUACAUCACAGGUGUUAUGGCCAAAAAUAUAUUCUAAGAUCCCUCCUAAAUAAUUAUUUUUAUUUGUGAGCUAUCAAUUGUUUAAAAUAAUCACAUACUUAUUGAGUUCCUGAGCUUUUGAAAAAAAUUACAGAUAAAAGUUGGGCUCCUUUGUUUCUGAAAAUCAGCAUAUGCAUAUGUGAUGUGUGUCUUUCUUUGUUGAUUAGAAAAAGGAUGAAAUAUGAUGUUCCAAAACACAAAAUGGAUUGAUAAUUUUUUCUAUAUUUUGAGUUAAAGUUGUAACAUGUCAAACAAGAAUGUCAUAUAAUUGUGUCUUAUCUUUGGAAGAUGGAGUUGGGUAACCAACACUUGUGUAAGUUUUAAUGAAGUGCUUUUAGAAAGAAAUUGGAUGCUUUCAAAAGCUGUUGCAUUUAUAAAUGUAGCAAAACAAACAAACACUAGCUUUUGCCUUUUGUGAAUGUUGGAGCAAUGUCUUUAAAAAUAUGUUUGUGUAUAAACUCAAGAGUAUUGCCAGAAGAAUGCCUGUCUGUAUUGUCAUCUUUCAUGUUCUAAUUUUUGCUUUUUGUACUAUUGGUCGGUAUGCUUGUCCUUCAGUGUUUCAGACCUGAAAUAAAUUUAUUUUUUUAAUGUU